UGAAACUUAGACGCAUGGCAGUUACCGUUUAAUCAUCUCAAGGCAAAAUCCGUUAAUUUAACGUCCCCAUUGGGGCGGUUUCUCCUUGAAGCCAUUAAACACGAUGGCCCCACUUUUGUCCGUCGACGUUCUGCUUACCUAAGAGUUAACAGACCCAAACCCACACAUUCAUAUGGAGAUGUGGGACUAUAAAUAGGAGGGAUGAAGCCAGCAGAGAUCAGAUUCUCUCCACAGAGACUCAGACAGCACAGACAUCCAGACAUGGCUCCUACAAUCACUGCAGCCAUCACCAACAACCAGGAGCAUCUGACUCUCAACCACAAGCUCAGAAAGCCUCUGGUGGAGAAGCUUCGCAGAGAGCGAAUCAACAGCAGCAUUGAGCAGCUCAAGUCUCUCCUGGCUCCAGAGUUCCUCCAACAGCAGCCAGACUCCAAGCUGGAGAAAGCAGACAUCCUGGAGAUGACCGUUUGUGUCCUCAGACGACUGCAGCAGCAGGAUCAGCAGCACACAAGGCUGGUCAACCACUUCAACAAGGUGCAGUCUUCCUCUGACAACAACCUGACAGAGGCUGACUCCUCUCCUCUCAGCUCCACGGUCCACAUCAGCAUCACCAAUGAGAAGAGUCCAGUCAACAGCGCCCUCUGGAGGCCAUGGUAGAGGAGUCACUACCAGACAAACUGACAAGCAGGCCACAUUGGUCAAACAUUACUGGACUCUAUUCUGUGAAAUAUUGAGCUGUAAAGGCUUUCUUUAAAGCUUGUAUUGUUCAUUUCUUGACGAAAUGAUGAAAGAGAACGUCUCAUCAUACAUGUUGUAUGAUCUCAGUCUGAUUGCAUCUGCAAUUAUUUCUGUUACUCACUGUUCUUAGUGAGAUUCCUGAAAAGAUUUGAAAUCUUUGUGAUUUAUCAAACUUAUCUGUUUCAAGAUCCAAAUAGUUCCCCUUUUUCUAAAAGGUUUUUAUCUAAUUCACACAAUUUUUUGUGAUACUUUAAUGAUUCCCUGCAUGUCAUUGUUUUUGUGAAAUGUGAUGUGAUAGUGAACAUCUUUCUUUUCUUUAUUAAUCUGUUUAAGGACUUUUUGUCAUUAUGAUCCUCUUUCACCUGUGAUAACUGUUAACUGAUCUGUUUAAAGAUCAGCGUGUUUAUCCUUUUAUUUUAAAAGGUUUUAAUGUCAUAUUUUAUAUGCAGGAGUUUUAACCUGCUGUCUUAAUUCUCAUAAGAGCACUCAGACCUGUUUAAGGUCAGUUUUGUCAUUGUGCUUUGGUUUAUUUAAAGAAAUUCUGAUUUGUUUUCAAAUCAUUAUGAACCAACAGUUUGU